AUGAAGCUGUACUUAUUAUAAAAGUAUAGAAGUAUAAAUUGCUUGCUUUUCAUUAUAUUCCUAACAUAAGUGACAUAUACUCUUUAACUUUGUUCAAAUGGUAAACUAGACCCUGAUGAGCAAUGUGAUGAUGGAAACUUAGCUAUUGGUGAUGGCUGCACUAGUUAAUGCCAAGUUUAAGAUUUAUAUUCUUGCAAAAAAUUUGAGAGCAAUAGUUCUCAUUGUUGGAAAAAUGCUCAAUUUACUUUAGAAAAUGAAACUAAUUGGAAUAAUAAAGCUGAAAAUCAUUAAAACAUAAUUCAAAAUAACUUCAAUCCAUCUUAGCAUUAGUAACAGACAAUAACUAGAGAUCUACAAGUUGUUGAUUUGACAAUGUGUCAAGCAUUAGUUGCUAAAUUUACUACUACUGCUACCUAGUAUGAUACUUUCAGCAAUUUAGCUGCUGAGUCAAUGACUUGCUCUGCUAUGAAUGCUUGUUAGAACGGAAGAGCUGGAAUUUGUAAAUGGGAUAGAAAAUUUUCAAUGACCUGCUUUGCUAAGGGUGAAUUUCCAGCUAUUCGUAUAUAAACAAACUCAUAUCCUAAUCAUUGCUUCUAGAAUUAAAUAUAAUUCCCUCUUGAAAACUAGAUAGAUUUUGAAGUUAUCUUCAACUUAUCACCUAGCUUGUUCCUUACAUUGAAUUUAAAUUCACAGGUUAUUACAAAUGGUGUGCUAUGUGACUUAAGUUUCAUUGGUGAUCUAGUCUAUAAUACAAAUUACUAAUUUGUGUUGCAUUCUGGUAAUAUACAAGCCAUUGUUGGAAUAGCUUUGAAUGGAGUCCCUAUUCACUCUGGUACCUCAGAAUUUGGUGUUGAUGCAUUCUUUCCUGUUGCAUACAGGGGAAGAAAUAAGCCUAAUGAAAUUGAUUUUGAUCAAUGCUUGGGAAAUGGAGAACUGUCCAAUGGUUAUCAUUACUAUUCAUUAUCACCGUGCAUGAUAAAAGCUUAUUCAAGAAAGUAGACUAGUCCUAAGGAAUGCUUAGAUAUUCCUGCAUGUUAAUCUGACAAACUCAAAUUCAUGAGAACAGAAAUUACCUAAGCUACUGGAUUCGCUCCAAUUGGCAUUGCUUUAGAUGGGCAUGUAAUAUUCGGUCCAUAUAAUGCUACUGGAAAUCUUUGGUAGCCUUGUGAUGUUGAUGCUUGUAAUGGAAUUACUGUUGAUAACAAUUAUAUUUAUGUCUCAACAAUGUUCCAUCCCUACACAGUGGGUUGCUGGGGUCCAGCAAACCCUAAACACUUUAAAUAAGCUUGCACUUCUUAGUCUAAAAUAUGCACUUUUGGUAAAUACUUAGAAUCUUCUAUAUAUUUAAUGGCAGCGUUAGUAGUUUUGAACUUUGGUAUUGCACUUAACUUAUGA